AUGACCACCCGGUUCAAGAAGAGCCGCAAGAUGCAUGCCCACCGCAAGAGGGGUCACGGCCGCAUCGGUAAGCAUCGAAAGCAUCCUGGUGGCUGCGGAAACUCGGGUGGUCAGCAUCAUCACCGAAUCAACUUUGACAAGUACCAUCCUGGCUACUUCGGAAAGGUGGGCAUGCGCAACUUCCACCUCAUCAAGCAUGGCAAGGUCAUCCCGACCAUCAACGUUGAGCGCUUAUGGUCCCUGGUUUCGGAGCAGACAAGGUUGUUCUACAAGGACAAGACGGACAAGGCUCCAGUGAUCGAUGUCAUGAAGGCCGGGUAUAUGAAGGUCUUGGGCAAGGGUCAGCUCCCCGAGCAGCCGGUCAUCGUCAAGGCGCGCUACUUCACCAAGGAAGCCGAGGAGAAGAUCAAAGCUGCAGGUGGUGUCUGCGUGCUGUGCGCCUAG